AUGAAAUCAAUUGCAACAUUAUUCAUUACCUUCGCAAUAGCCUCAUGUAUAUAUGCACCUGCUGAACGUCAAUUCAACUAAGAAGCCUUGACUGGAGCCUAUUCUUAUAAUAAGUUGUCUGAGCCAUAACAUAUUUCAAAUUGUGGAGAUGAUGCUACUUAGAUUGACUUAUUUAAUUUUGUUGGAUAUAUGCUCCAAAAGGCUGACAAAGCAAGUGCGUCUUAAUUAUUGGGAUUAAAGAAGGAAGUGGAUGAUUNCCGGUUCUUGCAUAUUUCGUGUUGACUUUAUUUUGCUGUCAACUAUGUCAUGUUGAUAAGAAGUAAAUAAAUUCAAUAAGAAUUAGACUCACAGGGUACAGAAAUAGAUUGAUAAAGCAAUCCUUUAAGUUAAGACUCAUUAUAAGAAUAAUUUUUGAAUUGAUAAUUGCUAUUAUUCUUAUUUUAUAGUUUAUAGAGGUAAUAAAUGUUAAUUAAUCCAUUAUCGAUGCUUGUUAUACUAAUUAGUUGAUUUAUCAAUUUGAUGUGAAGUUAUUUUACCCUUGCAUCAUAAAUUUGAUGGUAUUUUUGCUUUUGGUCGCAUUUGAUAACACCUGCUAUUUUAUUAUUGUUUGCUACACCAAUGACUUCUAUUGGGGAUGCUAUCAUGAUGAGGAACUUCCUAUUAUAAGUGUUGUCGAGACAUAAUCGUUUAGUUUUGCAAAGAAUAGUGUAGAAAGCUCAACUGAUUAAUAAAGUAUUUAAUUUAAGGAUUAAAUUAGAAAGUCAAGAAGAGAAUCCCUCUCCUUAUUUCGGUAUCUGA